UAGGGAUAUAGGAUGGUUCUUGGGGUGUAGAAUUUGAUGGUCAGGAGACGUGCUUCCCAGCAGACCUGGACCAUACAAUUUGUAAGGUGAAAAUUUGAGCAUUGUAAAGAUGGCGUCCUGCUUGUUUGAGUGCCUGUGUGAAGCAGAUCUGGAUAAAUACUACCCUCGUUUUAUAGCUGUUGGACUACAGAAAAUUGAGGAGUUGGCGAAGAUAACAAUGAAGGAUUACUCCAGGUUGGGAGUUCACAGCAUGGAGGACCGAAAGCGCCUUUUCCAGCUUAUUAAAAUUAUCCAGAGUGUGUCUGAAGAAGAUAAUCAUGAGCGCACCCCUUUACAGCCUGGCUGUGUCUAUCUCCAUCCCUCACUACAUCGCUCUGCUACAAGACGGCAGCUGCACUUUGAUUCAUCCUUCGAGAUGGACAGAAAUGUCUGUGCACCAUCUAAAAUAUGUGGCUUGUCUGACACUUAUUCCCUGAAACGCCCAGGAGAACUAUUUGAAAUGCAUCUGGUAGAUGAUCAACAUCACACUGGAAAAAUUCCCACAUUAGAUAUAAUGACUUCCUGCCGAGCAAAAGAUCACAAUCCAAAAACCUGUUCUGUAAAAAGCAUAGGCUUAAGUACAGUUGACAGUGAUGCCCCCAUUAUUCACAGGGUAACUCAUGUGUCGGGAUACAACUAUGGAGUUCCCCAGACCUGCUCAAGAUCUAGCGCCUCAGAAAAAGAUGGACCUUGGACAGAAACUGAUAAAAUAAGAGUGUGUGUCCGCAAGCGCCCUCUUGGAUUGAGAGAAGAGAGACGAGGGGAAUUAAAUGUUGUUACAGUGGAAAAUAAUGAAACUAUAUUAAUUCAUGAAAGAAAAGAAGCAGUCAACCUCAAGGAAUAUAUUCUCCAGCAUGUAUUUUAUUUUGAUGAAGUCUUUAGUGAAACGUUCAGCAAUCAGGAUGUGUACAUGAAGACAGCCCAUCCUCUCAUUCAGCAUGUUUUUAACGGAGGGAAUGCUACAUGCUUCGCUUAUGGUCAGACAGGAGCUGGUAAAACAUAUACCAUGAUUGGUACUCAGAAAAACCCAGGCCUCUAUGCUCUGGCUGCAAAGGACAUCUUCCAGCUUCUAGAGGCUGAAAAAUCAAUAAAGGACUGCAGUAUUUGGAUCAGUUUUUAUGAAAUCUAUUGUGGGCAACUGUAUGACUUGCUUAAUGGAAGAAAAAGGUUGUUUGCAAGAGAAGACGGUAAACAUGUAGUACAAGUUGUUGGACUGCGUGAAGUGCAAGUCAGAAGCGUUGAAUUACUCCUUGAGAUGAUUCUGAAAGGCAGCAAAGAACGCAGUACAGGGGCCACAGGGGUAAAUUCUGACUCAUCCCGCUCCCACGCAAUCAUUCAGAUCCAGAUCAAAGGUGCAGGAAACCGGAAAAUGGGAAGAAUAUCAUUUAUUGAUCUAGCCGGGAGUGAAAGGGCGUCUGAUGCAAGAGAAUCUGAUAAACAAACCAAGAUGGAAGGAGCAGAAAUAAACCAGAGUCUCCUUGCUCUCAAAGAGUGCAUCCGUGCGCUGGACCAGGAGCAAGCACAUACUCCGUUCCGGCAAAGCAAGCUAACACAGGUUUUAAAGGACUCCUUUAUUGGAAACUCCAAGACUUGCAUGAUUGCUAAUAUUUCUCCAAGUCACAUAGCUACCGAACACACACUAAACACACUGCGUUAUGCAGACAGGGUAAAGGAAUUGAAAAAAAUGAAAUCUGCCACUUGUGUCAGCCGUGCCAGGGCACCUGCAUGUUUGUCUCCAAAACGUGUCCAAAAUUCUCCUUCAGUGCUUGGAGAAAAAAUCUCCCCUAAGAAAGUUAAAUUGGGACAACAAUCCACCUCAAACACAACAAAAAGUAAUCCAUGCUCAUCUGUCUUCCACCCCAAUAAUAUCCCACUCUCAUCUACUCCCAAAACGCACAUUAAGGUAAAUAGUGUGAAAGCAAACCAAGCCUGGCUGAAUCACACCACUCCACUUAAAGGAAUUAUCAACUUGGGAAACAUUGUUAAAAAGAAGAAUGACAUUCUUCUUAACAAUAAGAAUCCAGUGGGCAUUAAAACUGAGAUUGUAAGUCCAUUAAAAGGAACUGUCCAGGAAGAUCCCAUUACCUGCUACCAGCAGCCUAUAUCAAUGCAGAGAAUUCAAGCAGUGCCACCAGUACAGAAGCAAAUAGUUUCAAGGACUACAAUGUCCUUUGGAGACCAUAAAUUUAAUACACCUAUGCAUGAUGUUCAAAAUAUUGUAAGGCAAGCUGGCACAGAUCCAGGGAACUUAGGAAGACAAUCUUCACAGCAGAAAGAAAGAGAACAACAUCUACGUUCUUAUCACCAGCAAUUCCAACAUCCUCCCAUCCUCCAGCAUAAGCUGCACUAUCAACCGUUAGAAAAAAUCUUUGAACUAUAUAACCCACAGGAGAUUCGCGUUGAGAACAACAGAAGUCCCUUGCCUCAAUCACCAUGUGAAGGAGCACUUCUUGAAGAUCUCGAUGACAGUGAUUUUAGUGAAGACUCCUUUUCAUAUGCCUCUACUAAUAAAAAAGGAGAGAAACGAGAAACUGCAUGUGAAAGACUUUCAUUUUUUCUUCACGAUGGUUCUCCGGGAUUAGAGAUCAGAAAACCAAAACAAGCCGAUCGAUUAAGCUUCAAUUAUGAAGACUCAGAAGAAUUAAAUCAAUGUGAUGCCUGGAAAUGCGGAAAUACAUUUGUUUCUUCAGAUGGGAAAGUUGAUAAAUGUGCAGAGAGAGAAUCAUUUUGGAAUUCUGAAGAUGAUUCCUGUGGUGCCUGUGAAUCUUCAGAGAUCAGCAAUACACCCGAAAAGCCAUAUUCCUCUCAAGAGGACCCAAUAAGUAAUUUAAAGAAAACAAAGCAUUUAUUAUCUACAAACAAUACUGCUAACGAUAUCACAGGUCAUUUAAUUGAUUCAUCUUCAUUACAAGAGACAGGUUUAGAAACAAAGGAAAGCCGAAAAUGUGAAUCUGAAAAGACUGAAGAAACUUGUGACCAUCAGAGACCAUCAUCAGGGUCGGGCUCUGGGCUUAUGGCUCCACUAACUCUGUCUCUUCUGCAAGAUAACUGGUCAAUGGAACUUAUACAACAAAUUAAAUCUCCUGAGUCUUCUGACAGGCAAAGUAGUGGUGAAAAUAAUUUAAAUUGUGACAAAGUCUGGACAGUUGGAACUGAGAUUGAAACAGCCAGUGACAGACAUAAUGAAAGAUCUCCUGAAAGUAAUUUAUUUGGUUUUCUAAAGCAGAUGCUUCAACAAAAUGAACUUGGGGAGAGCUUAUCUGGGUCACACAGUGGUUCAAACAGUCUCAUUUCAAUUGGUUCCCCACAGUUAUGCAAAGGACAUAGAAGGUCGGACAAAAUACCCAGAGAAGGAAAUGUAAGACCAUUUUCACUUUCUAAGUCAAGUAACUCCUUAAGCAGGGAUUCUUCUAUAGACUUUGCUGUUGGCCAAUGCAGAGAAAAUCAGGCCAGUCCAUACUAUGAGGCCGACACAGAGGACAGUACUGUUAAAAUUAAGAAUAAACAAAUCAGUCCUAAAUAUGAGGAACUUGCAUGGAAUAAGUCCAGCACAUCUUUCGAUUCUUUAGAAUGUACUAGUGGUCCAAAUGCUGUAAUUAAAAAUGGACAGCCAAAAUCCAGCAAUCCCGAAUUGGGACACAUUCAUCAACCAAAGAGUGAUGUUGAUGUAGAGAAAAAAUCUUUUAAAGAACACUUCAAGCUGACUAUUAAAGAUAGUGAACUGGAGCAUCUCAAAUCAACUCUUAUCAAGUGUAUAUUUUCAAAUGGAGGAGUUGGAGAAGAAUUGCUUCCAAGCUGUGGAAGCACAUCAGCUCAGAAUCUAAGAAACCCGACAGAUGGAAGCAGUCAGACACAACAAGCAAACCUUCACGCAAAGCACUUGGAGAAAGCUCAGCAACUUGUUGUAAAGGCACACCGUGAACAACUGGAUGAAAUUGCUGCUUUGAGCUCCAAGGAAGAGAUACUGCUGAGCCAGUUCCCACACUUGGAUUUUAAGGAAUAUGUGGCCAAACUAGAUGAAAUCCUGGUGUUGAAAUCAAAAUGUAUCUAUAGUAUGCGGGCACAGCUACAGUUGUUUAUGGCCUAUCCACAGACUGCAAAACCAGCAAAUAGGACCUCGGCAUCCUAGCUGCUCCCAUGGCAUCAACAUUCAUCAGUGAAUGGCUAUGCAUGUAACUGCCUCCAGUAAAUUGUCUGUAUUUCUACAUUCACAGAAUCCUUCAGGUCAAAGCAGUUUAUACAUUCUUACUGUAACUGGGUGAAACUGUGAAAACUUUUAACAGUUGAUGCAAAUAUAUUUCAGGAUUGAGCCAUCCAAAUGGUAAAUGUGUGCAGGUUGUACUGGCAUACAGUACCAUGUAAGUUAUUUGCCACAUUUGCUACAAUCUGAAAUUAAAAUUGUUUUUUGAUAAAAACACCUUAUUUUUUAUUGUAGCACAAAGAUUAAGUAACCAAAAAGAGCAAUUUUUAACAGCCAUAGAAUUUCCUUCUAAGAAUUAAUACCCUGCAUCUACCAGCAAUUUACUGCUGCCUUUUGGGGUAAAUCUUGAACAGUUUUCUAUUUUUACAUUUUUAUACCAAGUCUUAGAACC